CUAUGUGAAAAGAAAAGAAGGCAAGUUUUAUUCAGAGCUCACAGUAGUCUGCACUCGUCGCCAUAGCAGCUCCAUAGUGAGUUUUAUUCAGAGCUGAGUUUUAAGAAGUGCAAACGAUUAGGGUUUUGAUUUAGAGUAGAGAAAGAUGAACAAGAAGGAGAUUUUUAAACUUGCAAAAGGGUUUAGAGGAAGAGCAAAGAAUUGCAUCCGAAUUGCAAGGGAGAGGGUCGAGAAAGCCUUGCAAUAUUCGUACAGAGAUCGUCGAAACAAGAAGCGCGAUAUGCGCUCCCUGUGGAUCCAACGCAUCAAUGCCGGCACCCGUCAACAUGGGGUAAACUAUGGUAAUUUCAUGCAUGGGUUGAUGAAGGAGAACAUUCAGCUGAACAGGAAAGUAUUGUCGGAGCUGUCUAUGCAUGAACCCUACAGUUUCAAGGCUCUCGUGGACAUAUCUCGUGAUGCCUUUCCUGGAAACAAAAACUUGGUUCAUGCUCCCAGGAAGGUGGACACCAUUUCCAUCAAUGUAUGAAUUCCAAUUUUUCAGGUCUUUUCUGCAACUAACAUUUUAAUUAGCCUCUCUUUCAAUUUUUUUACUUGUUGGAUUUGAAUGUUCAUUUGGUUCUUGUAAUUACCUUAUGCUCUCUUGGUCGAUGUGUAGAAUGUCAUCAAAUUAUUUGUGGAAAAUACUCUACACCAAUCUUAGAUAAAAAGUUCCCAAUUCUUUAAAUUUUGUUAAAUAAAAUCACGUGUAAAUUAAUGUUA